UCGUGUGGGGCUAAGGGGGACGUGGGGACAACUUCGCAGAACCCUGGGAGCCGGCGCCUGCUGGGGCGAAGAAGGAGCCGGGAUGGCCUGGGCUCUGAAGCUGCCGCUAGCUGACGAAGUGAUCGAGUCGGGGCUGGUGCAAGACUUUGAUGCUAGCCUGUCGGGCAUUGGCCAGGAACUGGGUGCUGGUGCUUAUAGUAUGAGUGAUGUCCUUGCAUUGCCCAUUUUUAAGCAAGAAGAGUCAAGUUUGCCUCCUGAUAGUGAAAAUGAGAUCCUGCCUUUUCAGUACGUGCUCUGUGCUGCUACCUCUCCAGCCGUGAAGCUCCACGAUGAGACCCUGACGUACCUCAAUCAAGGACAGUCUUAUGAAAUCCGAAUGCUAGACAACAGAAAACUGGGAGAGCUUCCAGAAAUCAAUGGCAAGCUGGUGAAGAGUAUAUUCCGUGUCGUGUUCCACGACAGGAGGCUGCAGUACACUGAACACCAGCAGCUGGAGGGCUGGAGGUGGAACCGGCCUGGAGACAGGAUUCUUGACAUAGAUAUCCCAAUGUCUGUGGGUGUAAUUGAUCCCAGGGCCAAUCCUACCCAGCUAAACACAGUGGAGUUCCUGUGGGACCCUGCAAAGAGGACAUCUGUGUUUAUUCAGGUGCACUGCAUCAGCACUGAGUUCACUAUGAGGAAGCAUGGCGGGGAGAAGGGGGUGCCAUUCCGAGUGCAGAUCGAUACCUUCAAGGAGAAUGAGAACGGAGAGUACACGGAGCACUUGCACUCAGCCAGCUGCCAGAUCAAAGUCUUCAAGCCUAAAGGUGCAGACAGAAAACAAAAAAUAGAUAGAGAGAAAAUGGAGAAACGGACGCCUCAUGAAAAAGAGAAAUAUCAACCUUCUUAUGAGACAACCAUACUCACAGAGUGUUCUCCAUGGCCUGAGAUCACCUAUGUCAACAACUCCCCGUCCCCCGGGUUCAACAGCUCCCAUAGCAGUUUCUCUCUCGGGGAAGGAAACGGCUCGCCCAACCACCAGCCAGAGCCACCUCCUCCAGUCACGGACAACCUCUUGCCAACAACCACGCCCCAGGAAGCCCAACAGUGGCUGCACCGAAACCGGUUUUCCACAUUCACGAGGCUUUUCACCAACUUCUCAGGGGCAGAUUUGCUAAAACUAACUAGAGAUGACGUGAUCCAGAUCUGUGGCCCUGCAGACGGAAUCAGACUCUUCAAUGCACUGAAAGGCCGGAUGGUGCGUCCAAGGCUAACCAUUUAUGUCUGUCAGGAGUCGCUGCAGUUGAGGGAGCAGCAGCAGCAGCAGCAGCCACAGCCGCAGCCACAACAGAAGCAGGAGGAUGGAGAUUCAAAUGGUACUUUCUUCGUGUACCACGCUAUCUAUCUAGAAGAGCUGACAGCUGUUGAGUUAACAGAGAAAAUCGCUCAGCUUUUCAGUAUUUCUCCUCAGCAGAUCAGCCAGCUUUACAAGCAGGGGCCGACCGGGAUCCAUGUGCUCAUCAGCGACGAGAUGGUACAGAAUUUCCAGGAAGAAGCCUGCUUUAUUCUGGACACAAUGGAAGCAGAGACCAGUGAUAGCUAUCACGUCAUUCUCAAGUAGGAGAAGCUGCCCAUUCAACGGCUGCUGCUGCCUUUACCUCUUGAUGACUGCCUUCACCUCUUCACCUUUUGAAGGGGACAUGACUGGAGAUUAAAGGUCUUCAGGAACCUGGCACAUCUGAAUGUUUGGCAGGGGCCGGGAGGGUGUCCAGUGCAAGGCAAGCAGGCCCUAAAGUGGAAUCCCAGGCCCCUGUAUUGGCCCCUACUGUAUGAUGUCCUCAGAUGGCCAGACAUGGAGUUCAGCAGUUUUCUUCGUUUCUGACCCCUGUUGAUAACCAGGAAGCAGCCCCAGUGGUAAUGAGAGUCAUGUGAUGUUUUCUAGGAAGAUGUUUCAUUUUGUGAUAUAGAGCUCUGACAUUUUCCCAAUAUAAAAGUGAACAUCUGUCUUCAUAAAACCAAGCUAUCUUUUUUGUAUCAAGCCUAUUGUCAGCUCUGUUCUGUUCAUAACUAUGGAGAGAAACAGAAUCUCUCAUUACCUUUUUUUUUUUUUUUUUUUUUGGUUUUUGAGAUGAAACCUCUGCCUCCCAAGAGCUGGGAUUAGAAGCUUUUGUCACCUGGCCUGUUUCUGCAGUGCUGGGCUUAAACCCAGAGCCUCACAUGCUGGGCGAGUACUUUGUCCACCUGAGUUCCAGCAGGCCCUUCCCUUUGUGUUAAGACAGUCUCCAGAUUUCUGGUUUGGUUCACCUGCAAUACCACAACUGCUAGUGGCUAUAUGCAUUGGGGUGGACCAAAUGAUGAAGCUCAUGGUGGACGAGUUACCUUGUUUUAUCCCCUUAAUAAGUCCCAAACAACUGGGGAAGCAGUGACUAGAGGGUGAGGAAAUGCAGAUGGGGGUGUCAGGGGGCCUGAUACCACCAGAUGCCUGCCACCUUUUGCUGCCUGUGCUCACUAUUGUUUCUUUCUGGGGCUAUGCUGGAAACUGCUGGACUAGCCACCGAAGGAGGGCAGACAUACCUGAAUAUAGGGAUAAUGAGGCCCCAGAGCAGACCUCAGCACAGAGCUGGAGGUGAGAGCAGGAGUGUCUGACCCCAGGUCUUGUUGUUUCUGAAUGAUAUUCUCAAGUUGUCUAAGUGGAUGAGCACCUCCGCCCUGCGCUCCCUCCUGUCCUGUUUUGGCAUCGUGGUUUUAUUUUUUAAUGUAAGCUUUAUAAGAAGUACAUUCUUUUCCCUUCAAACUCAAUACUGUGUUUACUUUCAAAUGACCGUGUGUGCAUGUGCGGAUUUUAAAUCACUUAGGUCCUCUUUUUCUCCUGUAUAGUUUGUUUUGGCUUGGUUUUCCAAGAAAAUGUUUCUCUGUGUAGCCCUGGCUAUCCUGGAACUCAUUUU